UUGCGCCGUGGAACGUUCCACCGCGAGCUUAGUCACGGGCGAGCGUGCGUGCCGGCCGCCUAUAAGAAUCCGCCGGCUCCGUCCCCCAAAUUAUACCGAGCUUUCUUCCUUGCCCAUCGCCGGUUCCCUUGGCUCACACCCGCCAACGUUCGUCAGUCGGUCAGUGCCGGCCGGGUCGGGUCCAUGGCGGAGAAGAAGGUUGUGCUGAAGCUGGACCUGCACGACGACAGGAAGAAGCAGAAGGCCAUCCAGGUCGUCUCCGGUCUCCAGGGCAUCGACCAGAUCACCGUGGACAUGAAGGACCAGAAGAUGACGGUGAUCGGCACCGUCGACCCCGUCCACCUCGUCGAAAGGCUGCGCAGCAAGUUCUUCGGCACGGCGCAGAUGGUCUCCGUCGGCCCGGCCAAGGAGGAGAAGAAGGACGCCGCCAAGAAAGAAGACGAAAAGAAGGAGGCCGACAAGAAGGACGCGGGCAAGCCGCCGGCGUGCCCGCCGUACUGGUACGCGCUGCCGCCGCCGUACCACCCGUACCAUCACCCCUGCAGCGCCGGGGAGGACCCCAACUCGUGCGUCAUCUGCUAAAAUCGGCGCGCGCCUCUGAAUAUUUUGUAGCUGGCCGUGUGCUGCGCUGCCGAUCGAUCAUGCCUGCCACGGUGAUCGACGACAGCGUGCGCCAUACAUAAGGGUUUUGCGCCGGGGUUCCCUGGACCCGGCGUUUGUGCAUCUGCAGAGCUUAUAAAGUGCAGAUAUGGAAUGGAA